GCGGACAUUCACUCGUAUCAAAGGAUGCAGCGUAUCGAAGCGAGCUGCCGAGCCGUCACUCGCGGGCCGUGCUUCACCAGUCGGCAGUCACACACCGUCGGAGACACCAUGAGUGGAAGCGGCGCCUUGCUCGUGCUCACAGCGGCUGUCUGCGUAUGCGUCAUUGUCCAGGCAUGUGAACCUAACCAAACGCAGCAUGGGUGCAAGAUCUACGGGAACGCGUGCUCUUGCGGCUACGGGUGCAAGACCGACUUUAUCUACAAGAGUAGGAGAAUCUGCCUUAAUGCGCUGAGAGAACGCAGUGCCAACGUCUGCUCCAGAACGCCGUGCCUGAGAGGCAUAUGUAGCCAGACUACACAGGACCCAGGCUUCACCUGCAAAUGCGAAGGCUCAGGGUAUUACGGCCAGCGAUGUGAGAAAGCUUGCCCCACGGCAGCGGUGUACGGACUCGAAUUUCCUCACGAAUGUAUCGUCAUUUGAAGUCAAUAAAUUAAGCAAUUAUUCGUUAGAUUAUAUACCUGAAUCACUGUUAUUAUGAAUACAACAAUGAGUACCAUAAAA